AUGUCCCUCAUCACCGAUGACCCCGACCGCGCCCCGAGGGACUGCACGGCGGCUAGGCGCCACCACUCCGGCAGGCGCCGGCGCCGGCUGCUGAUCGCGACGGCGUCAGCGGUGGCGUUGCUGCUGGCCCUGGCCAUCAUGCUCUGGCUCACCCUCCGCCCUUCCAGCCCGCGGUUCAGGCUGUUGACCGCCACCACCACCACCAACGCCACGGGGGGCAUGGGCACGGUGCUGCUCGACGCGUCCCUCGUCGUCCACAACCCCAACGCGCACGCCCUCGCGCUCUACGACGGCCUCCGGGCGCGAGCGUCCUACACGGGACUCCAGCUCGCCACCGCUGCGCCGAUCCCGCCGUUCCAGCAGGCCCAGGGCGACGUUGUGCUCUCCGCCGCGCUCUCCUCGUCGUCCUCGGCGGCGGAGGAAACGACGGCGGGCGGGCGGUCGCCGGCGCUGCUGACGCUGCGCCUGGAGGGGCGGCUCCGGUGGAAGGUGGCCGUCUGGGUGUCCGGCAGCCGCAUCCUCGCUGCCGAGUGUGUCGCCGCUGCGGUCUCGCCGUCUCAGCUCAGGGCCGUCGUCGUGCAGGACUGCCAGUGCGCCACCACCAUCGAAUGA